AUUUGUUGACGUACAGAAUGCUUCGCUAUCCACACUUUUGUAGAACCUAUAAAGAAUUUCUUUCAUGUUGGUUGGAAGCUGGCAUAUUUAAUUUAGGUGUCUGCCCAAAAAGGAUACAUUCUACGUCAGAACAAUAUGAUGAAUAUGAAGCUCAGGAGCAAACAAAUCAAGCUGGAUCUCAUGAGUUUCACAGAUCUCAAGACAGAGAUUCUGAAGCUAUGAGUAAACUACAUAUUCCAGUAAUGGUGGAUGAAGUUAUUCAUUGUUUGGCACCACAAAAAGGGCAGAUUUUUCUAGAUAUGACAUUUGGUUCAGGAGGACACACAAGAGCCAUUCUGCAGAAAGAGCCAGAUAUUACUCUGUAUGCUUUAGACAGAGACCCGACAGCUUAUGCAAUAGCUGAACAACUUUCAGAAUUGUAUCCUAAACAGAUCCGAGCUAUGCUAGGCCAGUUCAGCCAGGCCGAAGGCUUAUUAAUGAAAGAUGGAGUGCAGCCAGGGACGUUGGAUGGAGUUCUUUUCGAUCUUGGAUGUUCCUCCAUGCAAUUUGAUGCUCCUGAAAGAGGUUUUUCCCUUCGGAAUGAUGGCCCUUUGGACAUGAGAAUGGAUGGUGACAGGUACCCUGACAUGCCCACUGCAGCUGAUGUUGUGAACGCUUUAGAUCAACAGGCACUUGCAUCCAUCCUGAGAACAUACGGGGAGGAGAGGCAUGCCAAGAAAAUCGCUUCAGCGAUCGUUCAGGCACGCAGCAUCUACCCCAUAACCAGAACCCAGCAGCUUGCCAGCAUCGUUGCAGGUGCAUUUCCUCCCUCUGCUAUUUAUGCACGAAAAGACUUGCUACAACGAUCUACCCAUAUUGCUACCAAGACUUUCCAAGCUUUCCGCAUAUUUGUGAACAAUGAACUCAAUGAACUUUAUGCAGGACUGAAGACAGCUCAGAAGUUUCUGAGACCUGGUGGUCGUCUUGUUGCACUCUCCUUCCAUUCACUAGAGGAUCGCAUUGUCAAACGAUUCUUGCUUGGGAUAAGCAUGACAGAAAGAUUUAAUCUAAGUGUAAGACAGAAGGUGGCACAAACAUCACAAUUGGGUUCAGCGAAUGAAAACAAGGAAGGAGUCUCUCUAGGAAGGGCCCCUUUAAUGUGGGAAUUAAUACAUAAGAAGGUACUUACCCCAGAAGAUCAGGAUGUACAGGAUAACCCCAGAGGGCGCUCAGCCAAGCUUAGAGCAGCUAUCAAAUUAUGAGAAAGUCAUAAUCAUCUGAUCCUUCAAGUGUUCCCUCACAGUUUCUCACCUGAACAGGUUAACACAAGAAAUUAUGGGGAUAUAUAUUUAUAUAAGUAUCUGGUCAUAUGUGUGGACAUUGAGAAUUUUUAGCAUUUUUUUUUUCUCACAGAGAAAAUGUAGGUCAUAUGAAUAUGGCACAGAAAAUUCAACUCAAGGAGCAGCAGCAUCUCAAAACUGGACAAAUGGGUUUAUCUUGGCAUUAUUCAGGAAAAUGCAUCUUACCAGUUAUGGUUACAUAUUAUAAAUGGUGAUCCCAAAUGAAUAAAAUAGCAAUAUAAUUACAUGUA